AUGAACUUCGGCGAAUUCCAAAACGGCAAAGCCCAGCAACCACUCCCACAAUCCCUAGCCACGCACGAGGCCGAAAUCGCCCAUUUCGCAGACCUCUGCACGCGGACCUGCAACCGCAUUCUCAAACUACUCGCUUUAGGGCUUGAGAUCCCACCCGACUUCUUCACAACCCGCCACGAUCCCCACCAAGGCCCCACAGGCUCCAUCCUCCGCUACCUGUACUACCCAUCCAUUUCAUCCCCCUCAACAGCAACCUACAAGCACGACGUCGACGUCCGCGCCGGCGCGCACUCCGACUACGGCAGUAUCACGCUCCUAUUCCAACGGCCAGGACAGCCGGGUCUAGAAAUUCUCCCUCCAGCAGGAACAGAUAACAACAACGCCAGCAGCAGCAACAGCAGUGACAAUAACAGCACCAACUGGGCCCCUGUCCCAGUCCAACCCAACCAACAGCCCGGAGCCGCCGAAGAAGAAUCCAAAGAAGGAGAAUACGCAUUCCCCCCAAUUCUAGUCAACAUCGGCGACCUCCUCAGCUACUGGACCGACGGACUUCUCAAGUCAACAGUGCACCGUGUCGUAUUCCCCCUCUUGGAGCAGCGUGCGCCGAGCCCGCAGGACAGGUACAGCAUAGUCUUCUUCUGCCACCCGCGCGAUACAACGGAGUUGGUACCUGUUCCCAGCGAAGUGGUGGCUGCUUAUCGAAGACAGAGACAGAUGGUCCAAGGAGGGGAAGGGGACGAGAGGGUUGGGUUUGGGGGCGGGGCGGGGGCGCUUCAACCUGGGAAGCGCGCGUUGACGGCCUAUGAGCAUCUUAUGUCACGGUUGGCUGCUACAUAUGGGGAGAGGAAGGAGGCGUAG